AUGGCCCUCAUCGAAUCCGGCCUCCUGACCCAACUCAGUGAAGACCUUGACUACGAAGUCCACCACGACAACACUGUCCACUACUACGAAAAGGACAUCCCCACCGAAGACCCCGACUUCCGCGGCAUGAAGAAACCCCGCGCCGUCAGCGCCGUCACCGAGAAACUCAGCACCCAAGUCCACAACUACGCCAAGGAUGGCAAGUUCGUCCUCACCCUCGGCGGCGACCACUCCAUCGCCAUCGGCUCGGUCUCCGGAACCGCCAAGGCAAUCCGCGAGCGUCUCGGGCGCGAAAUGGCCGUUAUCUGGGUUGAUGCGCAUGCGGAUAUCAACACGCCUGAGAGCAGUGAUAGUGGAAAUAUCCACGGGAUGCCGAUGGCGUUCUUGACGAGAUUGGCGAGAGAGGAGCAGCGUGAUGUCUUUGGUUGGAUGAAGGAUGAGCACAUUGUUAACACGCAGAAGCUGGUUUAUAUCGGUCUGCGGGAUGUGGAUCGUGGUGAGAAGAAGAUUCUGCGUGAUAAUGGGAUCAAGGCCUUUAGCAUGCACGAUAUUGACCGUCAUGGUAUUGGCCGCGUGGUGGAAAUGGCUCUCGCUCACAUUGGCAACGAUACCCCGAUUCACUUGUCGUUUGAUGUGGAUGCGCUGGACCCCCAGUGGGCGCCUAGCACGGGGACCCCGGUCCGAGGUGGAUUGACGCUGCGGGAAGGUGACUUCAUCUGUGAAGCGGUGCAUGAGACUGGAAACCUGAUUGCGAUGGACUUGGUGGAGGUGAACCCGAGUCUGGAGGAGAAGGGCGCAUCGGAGACCAUUCGCGCGGGGUGUUCCCUGGUGCGGAGCGCAUUGGGCGACACUCUUCUGUAA